AUGGAGGAAGUUACAACGAAACUGAACCCACAUGGCAGUACGGAAGUGGUUUCCCUGCUGCUGGACCGUGGCCUGGACGAGAUGCACAAGGACAACUCGGGCUGGGCCCCGCUGCACUACGCCAGCUUCGAAGGACACGCCGAAGUUUGCCUCCAGCUACUCGACGCCGGGGCCAAGUACUAG